AUGAAAAGUGGUAAAUUCAAAAAUUAUUAGAGACCUUUUGGAGUCAUAUUUUAUUUAAAAUACUUAUUUGAAUACAUGUAAAUAUUGAUAAUUAAUAAGUUAGUUAUAGUGUACAAAAAAUACCAUGUUUAAUUUACAUUUGGCGUCUAAGAGAAUAAUUUUUCCGUCGUGUGCCUUGUGUAGAUUCGGCAGAUAUUAUGGUCAAAAGAUAGAAAAUAAGUACAAUGAAAUAGAAAAGAAAAAUAUUUUAGAGGUUAUAAACAAAUCUGAUGUUUCAACUUUGUCAAGGUAUGAUGUAACGAAAAAAAGAUCGAAAAGCAUAUCACAACAUAUAAGUAACAAUGGACCAAUAAAUAAUAUACUGGAUAUAGAGGUUAUUGAGGGAUUUAGUGAGAAGCAUGCAGAGAAACUAUUUGACAGCAUAUUGCAGGGGAAAGUUAAAGUUGAAGAGCCAAAUGCGGUGAAACAGAUAAAGGGCCAAAUAUUAAAUCCUACUUUGUCCGAGAGUAUGAGACAGGCGGCAAAGUCAGUAUUAACAGUGUAUGUAACAAUAAACUCAGUGUCUUGGACGCUAAUAGAUCGCAGUAACUAUGAAGUAUUGGAUUGGCAGUACCAAGGUAUACACUACCCUGAGAACAAGAGAUUUCAACUCAGUGAUAUUUUGGAAAUUUCCUGGGAAAUAGUAACAAAACUGCCAACAGCAGAUCUCUACGUGAUGAAGGCGGAAGCCACAAGCCUCCGAGCCUCUGGCAGUGACCCCAACAACCCAAAAGUGCUUGGCAUUAACUUGCAGAAGUCACAAAUGGUGGCCAUGAUGGUCGCUUUUAUAUCCGCUAGAGGGAAUACUAUCAGUGUGGAUAUCGAUGACGACUCCAAUAGUGAAAUGGUAAACAAAUUCAAGCAGAAUGUGUUUUUCCUGCGCUCCUCAUUACCUUUUAGGUUAUACGGCACCCUCAUAGGCAACGAAAGAGUGACGUCAGACCAAACGGUGGACAUUCUUCUAAAGGAAAAUAAUCAAAAUAUUUCUUCAAACCAAAAUCACGUAUUUGUUCCAGAAAGAUUACAAAAUAAGUUUAGAGACCAAAAUGAUUUGGAAAGGGACAUGAUGGCCCAGUGCAUGCUGUUUGCACUUACAUUUAUGGAUCUAUGUAUAUAUAGGAAUAAAGAUAAAAUUGAUAGGUUGUUGUCGAAGAAGGGUGAAUAAAUUGUUAUUGUAUA